UCAACAAUGGUAGAUUUGUGUUUGUGCCAUUUCAGCAGAAGAGUUUUUUGAAUCAUACCUAGUUAAAACAGAUUCGUAUCUUAUUAUACAUACUUGUACUGUAAUAUUGGUUAUAUGAAAUAAGUUAUUGCUAUUUAUAUACAGUGUCCCAAUAAAGAUACAGCAAGUUUCUACAAAAAUCAUGGUUGAAUAGUAGACACAGUUCAGUUUUGGUUAAUCUGGCUGUACUCAUCAAUUAGAUCUCUACAAUGAAUAAGCUACUGGCAGAUUUGGCAAAAAAGCCCAUUGUCCCAACAGGGUUGGUCAAUGGGCUACUAGCACCAGACAUGAAUGAUGAAUUCAGUUCCACAGAUGAGGAGGAAUAUGAAUAUGAAAAUUAUGAGCAAGACUAUGUCAGGAAGGAAAUGAAAAAAUAUGCCACAUCAGGGACACAAAAAACUAAUUAUGGUAGUAUGUCUGAAGUGGAAGGAGUUGAAGGUAUUGAAUAUAAAAACAAUCCAUUGAAUGUCUACUCCAACUACAAUUUCAAUACAACUUUUGUGAAGAAAGAAUUGCCUAUUGAUUCUUUCCGGGAAAAAAUAUUAAAUUUAGUGGAAGUUAACAACGUGCUGAUCAUCCAAGGUCCUACGGGUUGCGGCAAGACGACUCAAGUGCCGCAAUACGUUCUCGAUUAUUGUCGAGAGAAAUCGGAGUAUUGCAAUAUAGCCGUUACGCAACCGAGGAAGAUUGCCACCAUCAAUGUGGCUAAAAGGGUUUGCGAGGAACGAGGGUGGACCCUUGGAACAGUGUGCGGAUAUCAAGUACGUGAAAAAUCUUUUGAAGGAUUUCGAUACAGACAAUUUAAUUCAUUUUUUGAAUUGACUCGGCCGUUACUUGAUGAAAAUCCAUGGCAGAUGUAA